ACUACUGAGACCUGAAAGCUCAGACUGAGCCACCCUCACACCUGUACGCCAGUUGCGUUGCAUUUUCUUGUGGCCACCACUCGCCAAGAUGCAGUAGCUGCUCAACCAUACAACUGGGGACACAAGUGAGAGAGAGAGAGAGAGAGAGCAGCAGCAGCAGCAGCAGCAGCCGCCGCCGUCAUGGCCGCAGGAACCGCCUUGUACUACCACUCGGCCGCAGGAAAGGCAAGGCUCGAGGCCGUCGCCGCAUUAUCGCCGUCUCUGGGCCUGAGGCCAUCGCAGAAAAAGGUGUUGUUUAUCAGCAGCAGCAGGUGGUGGAUGAGGAGGAGACGGGAGGGAAAGGCGGGCAGCAUCAGCAUCAGCAGCAGGGCAACAGCAAGGCCUGUGGUGAGGCCCGGCUUGUUCUCUCCUGUGGCCAUGGAGUGGCAGGAGUGCACCACUGAGCUUGAAGUUGAUGUUCCAUGUUCAGUGGCCUAUCAGUGUUACUCAGAACGUGAGACCAUCCCUCAGUGGAUGCCAUUCAUCUCAUCCGUCAAGAUCCUUGAAGAUAAACCAGAACUUUCACGCUGGAGUUUGAAGUAUGAGGUACUUGGUCGGAAUGUAGAAUUUUCUUGGCUUGCUCGAAACAUGACGCCUACUAAAAACCAAAAGAUACAUUGGCGAUCUCUUGAAGGCCUUCCUAAUAGGGGCGCUGUCCGAUUCUUUCCUAAAAGCUCAUCCUCUUGUAGAGUACAACUGACUGUGGCGUAUGAAAUUCCUGAAAUUUUGGCCCCGGUUGCAUCGGCACUGAAACCAUUUAUGGAAGGCUUACUUCUUAAAGGUUUAGAACGCUUUGCGGCAUAUGCGAAGGAGCGUCACAGCAAGAUCCCUCAGCCGUGACGAUCAUUCCCAUUUGCAUUCAACACUCAUUUUCAAGAAUUCCAGUUUCAUUCUAGUGAAGCCUCGGGACACAAUAGGUGAAAAGAUUGUAUACUGUCAUUCCGGAUGUGGUGAAAAUAAUGUACAAGAAGAGGAUGAAUAUUGUGGUUAAUAGAAAGCUAAGUUCGGCUCU